GACUGCAGCUUCGGCCACAAUGGAUAUGAUGAUCGCCAUUUCUGCCCGCCUAAGGAAGACGAUGGGAUUAGCAGCUAUCAUGAUCCUUCUGAUGAUGAUUAAUGGUGGCGUAGUUGUAACUACAAGCUCGUCGGAGCUCGUUCCAGCUGGGUUGCUCUGCAUCAGCGACUGUGCCACUUGUCCCGUCAUCUGUUCGCCGCCGCCUUCUCAGUCGCUUCCUAAUUCUCCUCCGCCAUCAUCCUUCCAGCACUCACAGCCUCCACCGCCGCCGUCACCUCGCUCCCCGCCGAAGACGCUUCCUCCCCCGGUGUACGAGGAUGAGUCGCCUCCUCCACCACCAUCCUACUACCACUCUCCGCCACCGUCGCCGAAAAAGUCGUCGCCGCCGCCGCCGACAUCGUAUCCGGUAUGGGGGAAUAAUCCUCCGCCGCCGCCGCCGUCGAGUUCGAAUCAAGGGUCGUCAGGACAAGGGCAGGGGCAGCACCCUAAUAAUAACAAUUACCCUUAUCCUUACUACUAUUUCUACGCCACCUCCGAAGCCGCUUCUCAUCGUCAUGUCUCUGUUUUCUCGUCGGCGGGGAUAUUUGUACUGCUACUCUGCUUCCAUGUUACUAUUUUUGAGUAGCAUUUUAGGCUCCCGUGAUCAGAUAAAUGAAAGAUUUUACAUAUAUGGGUGAUCUUUUUGUAACCAAUGCAGGAUAUGUAUCUAUCUUAAUGUUCCAUCUUCAAAUUUGCACCAUUUUUUUUUUUUUUUGAAUUUUAAGAAUCCCCAAAUCGUUAUAUUAUCUUCCCAAUUUUCCGUUCUUAAUUCGCCGACAGAGAGAUCGGCGGCCGGAUAGUGUAAGAACUGGGAAAGAGAAGCCGGGAGCGUUCUAUCUUCGAAGCAGCUGUGAUACGGAGAAGAGCGUCGUCAUCCCAUUCCCGUGAAUGGAUCUGACGCAAUGCCCUGAUGGUGUUCGAUAAAAUGCCCGUAGUGGU